AUGUUUAGCGAUUUCUUUUUUAAAGAGUACGAAAAAGAAUACAAAAAGGAAAAGACACUUGGACACGUGGAAAAAGGCGUUCUAGGAAAAACGAUUCUAGCGAAGAAGAAGCAAGGCAAUGAUCUUAUCAAAGAGGGAACGCUCGUUGUCAUCAAACAUAUUGAAUUGAGCAGGAAUAGAGAGAAGGCAAAGAAUGAACUUGCGAAUAUUAGACUCGAAGCAGCCCGUCUGAAAAAACUUGUUCAUCCAUUUAUCGUCCGCUACUUGGACGAGCACGAAUCUGGCAAGCAGGAUUCUCGCUUCCCAGAGAAUUUUGGAUCUAUCAUGCCAAUCUACGAAAAACUAAAAAAUGAAACUGAGACGACAAAGAAAGAGCCUCUACCGUGGUAUGUUCAAAAUGAAACGCCCUCGAAAUCUCCCAUCAAACGGACAAAUACUCUUCCUGUAAAGCCGAAUUACAAAGAACAUAAUUUCGCUCAGCGAAUGGCCUCCUCACCAAACCUUUUCUUGAUGCAAGAGUAUUCAACGGAUCAGGAACAUAUCCAGUACAAAUUAUCAGAAAUCGAAAGACGAAAGCAGCAGUUCCAAAAAGAGUGUGAAAAUCACAUUCAAAAGGGCAACGAGUUAACAAGAGAGAAACAAGAACUCGAACAGAAAUUAGCAGAAUUGACAAAAAGAGUAGAUGAUUGGAAUGAUUCUCAGAAAAAGCUCAAUGAUGAAAACAGAAGGCUCAUAGAGCAAGAGACAGAACUAAAGAGAAGCCUUCAUGAAGAAAAGAAGCCCCAAAAGUUGGAGAAUUAUCAUCGAGACUUGGGAAAAGAUUUGACUAGAAUGCUCCGUCGCCAGAUUUCCAUGAAUGAUCAAUAUUACAAGGUUGAUUUCAUUCCAGAGAGAAAAUAUAUCGAAAUGUCUGAAGAGGAACUUCGUGAGCUCGGCGAUAGCUCCUAUGACUUGGAUGUUAUAACGCAAGUAACGAUAGAGCUCGAUAUAAGAAAUUCUUCAUCGAAGAAUGGUGUGCGAUACUUGAAAUUCGUCGAUGGCCGGAUAAAUGAUCAAAUUGACGUAAUUCAUCAAACAAUGACUUGGGUUGAGCCGGAGAAAUCGCUUUAUAAGACGACAGGAAAUUUGCCCGAAAAUGCAGUCAAGAUAUCAGAAGAUGAAUUUAACCAAGCAGCAUACAAUAAGUAG